UCUCUCUCUGCCGGGAGAGCAGCAUCUCCGCUGCCGGUCGCUGAGAAGUCACAGUCGGAUUUCAGCUCUUUUUCCUUCAGCCUGAGAGAGGCGCCCAAAGUUUUGAGAAGCCGCGCCGCCUCCCGCCCCGGACCCUCGCUCCCCUCCCCAUUGGAAGGAUGCCUGACGCCGGGCCGAGGCGGGUGCCCCGGUGGCCGGGGUUGCCCCACCUGGCUGCCCUGUGCCUGCUGCUCUGCCUGGCGGGGGACUGCGGGGCCAGAAGGGCCCCAAAGAUUCCCCGCUGCCCUGCAUCCUGCUCGUGCACCAAAGACAGCGCCUUCUGUGUGGACACCAAGGCCAUUCCGAAAAGCUUCCCUCCUGGAAUAAUCUCCCUGACGAUGGUGAAUGCAGCAUUCACAGAGAUACCAGAGGGAGCUUUCUCUCACCUCCACCUUCUGCAGUUCCUCUUGCUCAACUCCAACACCUUCUCUCUAAUAGCUGAUGAUGCAUUUGCUGGUCUCGCCCAUCUGCAGUACCUGUUCAUAGAAAACAAUGACAUUCAGGCCCUGUCCAAGCACACUUUCAGAGGACUGAAAGCAUUGACUCACCUAUCAUUGUCCAAUAACAACCUGCAGGUCCUUCCAAGAGACCUCUUCAGACACCUGGACAUACUGACAGACCUAGAUCUGCGAGGAAACACUUUCCGCUGUGACUGUAAGAUCAAGUGGCUGGUGGACUGGAUGGAGAAGACUAACACCUCAGUGCCAGCUAUCUACUGUUCCAGCCCCUUUGAGUUUCAGGGCAGGCGUAUCCAUGACCUCACCCCACGAGACUUCAACUGCAUCAGCGCAGACUUUGCUGUGUAUGAGACCUUCCCCUUCCAGUCUGUGUCUGUGGAGUCCUAUGAAUUUAAUGAUGACCAGUUUGCAGUCUUCGCACAGCCAGACACGGGGAUAUGCACACUGUAUGUCUGGGACCAUGUGGAGAUGGUCUUCAGGAAGUACCACAAUAUCACAUCUCGCUCAGCCAUCUACUGCAAGCCCGUGGUGAUUAAUAACACUCUGUACAUGGUGGUGGCUCAACUCUUUGGUGGAUCCCACAUCUACAAGUGGGAAGAGGACCCUCAGCGAUUUGUAAAGAUCCAGGAUAUAGACACUACACGUGUCCGCAAGCCCAACUUUGUGGAGACAUUCCAGCUGGAGGGAGACUGGUAUUUUGGGGUAGCUGACAGCUCCAAAGCUGGCUCAACCAGCCUAUACCGCUGGAACAGCAAUGGCUUCUACUCUCAUCAGUCCCUUCACCCCUGGCACCGCGACACUCACGUGGAAUUCCUGGAGGUGGAUGGUAAACCUCGGCUCAUCCUCUCCAGUGCCUCCCAGCCCCCGGUUGUCUUCCAGUGGAACCGCAGCCAGCGGCAGUUCGCCUUCCACUCCCAAAUCUCCGACAUGGCGGACGUGCAGAUGGUGAAGCACUUCCGAGUGCGCAAGGUGGUCUACCUGUGUCUCACGCGCUUCAUUGGAGAUUCCAAAAUCAUGCGCUGGGAGGGCCAGCGAUUUGUGGAGGUCCAGACGCUGCCCUCUCGCGGCUCCAUGGCCGUAUAUCCCUUUGCGGUGGGCCCUCGCCAGUACCUAAUUCUGGGAAGCGACUUCUCAUUUUCCCGUGUGUACCUGUGGGAUGACCUCACCCAGCGAUUUCAACCUUUCCAAGAGCUCAAUAUGCGGGCUCCACGAGCCUUCAGCCUGGUAUCCAUUGACAACAAAGACAUCCUACUGGCUGCCAGCUUCAAAGGCAACACUCUGGCUUAUCAGCACCUGGUGGUAGACCUCAGUGCCAAGUAAGCCUUCCACUCCACAGACCAGAGAAGUGGGGUGGGAGGCCUACUGAGUGUGGGAGGAACUAGGACAGUGUUGUAGGCUACUCAUUAAUCCAACUUGGUUGUGAGUUUGUUUCUGUUGGCAAUGCUUCAAAAGUUUGUUUUUUUUCCAAUAUGGACAUUCUCUUCAUGGUAGCAUAGGAACAUCAGUCUAACGGUAUCCUUUUUUCCCCAACAUGUCUGACAGAAAUUAAACAGCAAUGGGCUUUUGCUUUCAUUUCAUAUGUCAACAAAAUCUUAUCUUUAAUUCCAUUAAAGCUACUGCUACUGUGAUGACUGUGAAAGGUUGAUAAACAUAUAAAAAGGCACUAACUAUAAUCAUUAUUUUAUUAGGAAUCAAUAAAAAUGUCAUUUUUAAUUUAUAAUUAAUAUUCAAUUUAUGUUGCAUCUUGUAAACAGACAAGUGUUCCUUUUUCAGAUCGCAGAGAGAAUUUGUAGAUAGACUCGUUUAUUUGCUACUCACUGAGCAGUUAAUUGGCAUGAAAAAUUGAUUUAAAGCAUUAUGUCUGAUUUACACUGAAGUGAACACGCCAUAUAUAUUAAAGAAUCAACAGGAAGAGGGAAUUCAUCAAAGUAAUUAAAAACAUGCUGAAUUACUGAAUGUCCAAUCACUUUUUAUACGUUAUAUUCUACACUUACGUAAUUAAAACAUGCCAAGCUACUGGCCUAUUUUCUACUGCAGUAGACUGUUAAAAAUAGACUGUAAAAAGUCAGUCACUGUACUCAUGGACCUCUAAUAUAAAAUGACUUAACCACCUCAGUAAAAACUAAUUAAAUAUUAUUACUAAUGAACAGAAAUAUAGUUUGAUCUGCAUGUUUGAAAGUUACUUACUAGUACAUUUUCUGUUCAGAAACAUGGAUUAUUGGUUUACAAGCCUUUCUUAAGUGAAUUAUUUAUUUAACACAUACAGGGAGAAAAAAAGCAAUAUUUUACCUUGUGUUUAAUUUUGUUUUACAAACCAUUUUUAGAUUAAUUGAUUUCAUGGCUUUUUUGUGGAAUCCUCUCCUCAUUCAUUUUCACUGAUGGUUAUACAGCUAUAGAAGAGUUUUUCAUAACAUUCAGUUGAGCCUCAGACCUCAAAGAUUUGGGUGUACAAGAGUUUCAGUCCAUUCAAUAUUUAAAAACUUCAGCUACAAGCAUGCGGUUGCUUCUUGUGAGGUUCCAGCAGUAAAAGCACCCCUCGCCUCACGAAGACAGGCAAUCAAAGUGCAAAGAAGUUUGAAAAAUUGAAUAACAAUUUGUUGAGGCUUUGUGACUUUAUAUUCAUCCAAGUUGAAAUUUAAGUGAACAAAGAUUUAGUGAACAUAAUGAAAGAGAAACAUUGUCUUGUGCUUGCUCAAGAGUGGGCCAAAGCAGUAUAUACCUUUACUGAAUUUCUACCCUAAGGAACAUGCAUGUGACUUCAUUGUUUAUUAAUAGUUAUUCAUUUGAUCUGUGUCCUUGGGUAAGAGGACAGCUGUAAUUGUUGCUUUGUGACAAUGUUGUUUAAUAUUGCUCUGUAUCACAAGCAUCAUCUCAUCCACUACACUGAAUGUAUGCAAUAAAUUCACAUAUGUAUCUUACAUCAUCAGCAUAAUAUUUGCACAUCAAAUGUGAAGAAAUAAUGGUCUAAGGAAUAAUUUAUUCAGUAGCAAUAGUUUCAAGUUAAUUUUACUGUUCACAAGAUUAACUGUGUGUUUUAAAUGCUGUGAAUUGCAUUGUGAGGUACAUUGUUUCCUGUGUUGAUGAACUGUUGUUUUGGGUUUAAAUAUGUGAUGUGUGUUUCUAGUUCUCAUUUUUUAUCCAUCAAUCCACAAAUUUGUAUUUUGUAAGAGCAGAGAGAUAUGCAGACCGAAUGAUUGUAUCAGGACAUCAGCAUGCCAUGUCAAAAUUGGGGUUGAAGAAUGCAUUAAAAGAGAACUUCUAUUUUAGAACUGUACUGUGUAUACUAAAUACAUUAUACAGUGUGUAUUGCUACAAAAUUAUGAAAAACAAACCAACUACAUAAAAAUAUCUGUUACAGUGUGACAAUUAAAACACUGCAAAACUUGGCCUACCCCUUUUAAAAUAUGUAUGUACUGUAGAUAUAUAUGAGUGUAACUCUCUGUUUGACUACUGAUUGCACGGAACUAUACUGUAAUAACAAUAGAUAAAUUUGUCUCUACACUCGUGGUUGACGAUAAGGUAAGAGUAAUGAAUAAUUGCUUUGAAUGUUCACCUGCAAAGCAGCCUGUUGUCACUGUGUGUGCUUUCUGGUGUGCAACUGAAAACAUACCAAGUAAUGUUGCUAUGGUGACUAAUAAAUAUAUGCUUUAACCAA